CGAUUAGAUUACUGUAUAUCUCACGUAAAAACGGAUUAUCAUUUCUAUUUUUAUCUCUUCGUUUGUAUGCUCAAAGAGUGCCGUUGUUAUUUUUAUAAGUCUACAUGUCGGUUGAUUUAUAGUUGCCAAAGAUGCAUGUUCAGAUAGUGAAGCUAAUCCACACAUUCAUUAUUCUCGUGAUUACUGCGUAUGUCAGUAUUGGGCUCAGACUGGUCUUCAGAAGCAUAUUGAAAAUGAAUGAAAAAUUUUCCACGGGUAUUAUCAUUCGCUUUUUAUUAUAUAUCAUUCAUGUUUAUAACUUUUCAUUCUACAGUCAUCACGGCUAUAGCUGGAAUGUCCUUAUAGAAAGACGUCCUAGUGAUGAAUCUGUUCUAUGGCUUAUAUCGGCGGUUUUGAUUACCUUCUUUUAAGCCAAGAAUAUAAUAAAUAUGAUUCUGAUAAUAUUGAUAAUAAUCGUUAUGGGAUCUCACUUUGCACAAUAAUUUUCUGGAAUUUUUUUUGUAAAAUUGAAAGUAUAUUAUGUUUUACAAUCAGUUUGAGUGUAAAGU